GAUACCAUGUACAAGUGUGGGAAUAAUUGUGUGUCAACUUGUUGUAGGUUAACCUGACAUUCAAUAUAUAUAGUGUACAUUACAGAGCUAUGAUUAUAGUAAAGUACCAUUCUACCUUACAUAUAAUAUUAUCUAAUAGGGGGCAACUCAGGCUGUUCAAAUUACUAAUCCCUCAAGGAAAAGAAUAGAAAAAUUUUCGUGCUAAGAGGAGAAGUAACAAUAAAAUCAAAUCCUUCAAAAUCUAUCGUUUCUGUGAAGAAAAUUUUGAAUCUCAAUGCAGAAACUUAGCUCAAAUGUCUUUCAUUUUCAGACCCAUUUCUCUCUCCACCUCAAACACUUACUAUACUCAACAUCUUCUUCAGCGACCGAAAAAUCCACUUAUUCAAUGGUGGAAUUCAUGGUAAAUUCUCUGGGGUUCUCAAAUGAAGAAGCAAUUAAUGCAUGGAGUAAGGUGAGUUCUUCAGAGCUCAAAAAAACUAAAGGAAAACCUGAUUUAGUUAUUGAUUUCUUGAAACAACGAGGAUUAAACAAUACCCAUAUAAAAAAGCUUAUAAAUUCCAUGCCAGAAUUGCUCAAGUGUAAAGUUGAUGAAACCCUAGUUCCCAAAUUCAAUGCUUUAGAAGAACUGGGUAUUUUUGGUUCUGAUUUGGGUGAUAUUGUUGCUUCAAAUACUUCAAUUAUUAGAAGGGGUUUUGAUACCCGAAUUAAACCCAUGAUUAGUUUUAUAAAAUCAUUCGUGGGUACUAAUGAAGAGUUCUUAAGAGUCUUAAGGAGGUCAUAUUGGUUAAUGUCUUCUGAUGUUGUUAAAGGAAUUAAACCCAAUAUAGACCUGCUUCGAAAGUAUGGUUUGUCUGAUGAAAAAAUCCUGAAAAUUUUGGUUGUUCAUUCUGAAGUUCUUGGGCAUGAUCCUAAAAGGCUUGAAAAUGUUUUGAUUAAGGUUGGUAAGGAGUUUGGAAUUUCAUCCGAUUCUUCGACGUUUUCGGGUGCAGUGAUUGUGCUAGCUUCAUUGAGUGAGGAAACUCUAAAAAUGAAGUAUGAGAUAUUUAAGAGCUUUGGAUGGACUGAUUUAGAUAUCAAGAUUAUGGUGUCGAAAUCACCAAGAUGUUUGAUAUUGUCGGAGACGACUAUUCGUGAACGGUUGAAGUUUUUCAUGAAUGAGUUUGGGUGUGAACCAGGGUACCUAGCGAAUCGUCCUUAUGUGAUGACUUAUAGUAUGAAAUAUAGGGUUGUGCCGCGGUACACCAUAUUACAGAUCUUGAAAGAGAGGAAAGUUAUCACUGCUAAAGUAAGCAUGCUGACUGCUGUUUGCAGCAGCGAAUCUGAGUUUCUAAAGAAGUAUGUGCUUCCCUACAAGGAUAAGUUACCUGAGCUCUGUAAUGCUUAUAUAUCUAGGGAAAAAGGGAUUUCUCCUACUAAGAGGAUGACCAUUAAGUGAUCAAGUUACCUGCUCUGGGGCUGUCUGUUGUUUGGCAGAUCAAAAUAUACAAAAUGGUUCUUCUGUUCUUCCUAGAAAGGUGAGACAGUGCUAGCAAUCAUGAAGACACUUUAAGCAAAUGGUUUACGAGAUAGAGUGGAGCUGCAUUCUGGUUAUGGCAGUGCUGCGGUUAGUCACUUGGUAGUAAUUAGAAGGCCAUUCUUGUAGUGGUAUGACCAACUUAGUUUAAAUUAAACUCUCACGCUAUAUGACUUGGUAUCAUAUAGACUUUGUUUUAGAAAUUACUUGAAUCUGCUUCUCCCAAAAGUUUCAUGAAAGCACUGUCACAUUGAUUAGAGGACCUAAUUGAUUAUUAUUACAAAUUAGAUUCUUUCUUGACCUUUUAAUGUUUAUGAGAUUUCUUGAUCUUUCUGGAAUUUGUUUCGAAUAUUUCAUAAGUGCUAAAACUUUUGGUAGAGAAUGUCGUGAGAUAUUAUCUAAUAUACUGUGAUUGGUUGUAUGAAAAGAAUAUUUGAAGUGUAAUGAAAUUUAAUCUCCUAAAUGGUUC